AUCAAUGAGUUGGCCASGGAGCUCAGCAGCGCUCAGAGAGAGUAACACGUUUCAGUGAGGCAGGCGGAGAAGCGGCAGCAGCCACGUACGCGGAGCCUCGGUGCGGGUCAGACGUUCACCGCAGCGCCCGCACUCAACUAACGUGACAGGAUUACUGCGCAGACACGUCCGUCCUCCCCGCUGAGGUUAUGCGCUUCUAACUCUGCUUUGUUUUUGUUUUCCUUGAUUUCUGUUUAUGCUGGAGGAGAAACGUCACUGCGGCUAACCAAUUCCCCCUGCUCCAGAACUGGGAAUUUACAAUGAAACAUGUAAGGUGACACGUUUUCUUUCACCACGCUGGGAUCACAGAGGGAACCGAGCGAASAUAACAAAGAGAGAAAACUGUGGAACCUGUGAUCAAACCAGAGUGAACGACCAGAUCGGGAACAUCUCAUUAUCAAGUGGGGGAAUUUUCCCAGCUCCCCUUCUUUCAACUUUCAAACUCCUGCUUUACAUUUCACUUUUUUUUUUCUUUCCUCCCCUUUUUCAUGGCCUGGAUGAAGGAUUCAGAGCUUUUUCUUUGUGUUCUUCUUUUUCUUCUCCAGCGAAACCAAAAGCAGAUGCCAAACUGACUGUGUCAAAAAAAGCAAAAAACAAUAUUUAAUGAAACUACAUUUCUCUACAUAAUCAUACAGUAUCUAGUCAAACCAGCCUCAGAACCUGAUUUAUUUGCCAACGUGAACCUUUAAGUCCACCAUCAUAUUAACGACUUAUUUACUCCUGACUACUUAAUCUUUCAGUGUUUGCUGCUCUUAAUGUGAAAACUGCAUGAUUUUCCUGCCAAGACCAUAAUCAGUGCAUUAUUGGUUCAAAGUGCUUUAUAAACAGUUUGCGUUGUGACAGAGGAAGCAUGUGGUGAGAAGUGAUAAUUCUCUGACGGCGUCUGAAGGUUUUAUUUUAAAUCAGAGCGCCGUUUUGACUGACGGGUAACACAAGCCAAGUUUGACCAGAUAAAUCCAAGCCCGCCAUCUUCACCGCCGCCGCCGCUGCUGCUGUCUCAAAAGGCUUAGACGUAUACUGUCCUCUCAGUCUGCGCUGUGAAACACUGUUGACACUUUGCCUAUCUCCUUCUUCCAGUUGCUUACAUUAGAAAGGCUUCUCAGUCAUUGUCGUCUCGUUUCUUCCAUAUGUUGAGCUUGAUUACUGACGUGAAAUCCCCCUUUAUCAAGUCCCAGUGAGCUCUUCAGCAUUCUUCUUUUUACUCCUGAAAAAAAACAUGCAAUUUAAAACCUUUCACUGUACUCAUGUUUGUACGUGAAAGAAAAAAAAUUUUAUAAGAAGGAAAAAAAAAAAAAAGAUCAUAACCUGAAGCCAUACCGAACACCAGCCAUACAGAUUAACUUUUACAUUUGCAAAGCUUCUCACAGUGUUUUAGAGUUUUGUUUUCUAACAAAGUGAUCUUCGUCAUAUUGGUGCACACACACAUUCAGGGAACCCAUGAGGCAACUGCUCAUGAAAAAAACCCAAAUUCUUAUGUUUGGAGGAAAGAGGAUCUUGUAAGUUUGUAGUUUUUCUAACUGCUUUUUCAAGAAUUGUGCAGUCGGAUCGUCCGCGGCGUCGAAUCGUGGCAGCCACAGCGACCACGCCGAGUUCCCCGUCUGCGUUCCGUUUUCCUCUGCGUUGACGGAUGAAUCCAGACAGUUUCAUGUCUGUUCUGKGGGCAGAACCUCGCUGCCCUGCUAGAACCGGGCCCAAGCCCUCCUUUGUUCUCUUCUGUUGGGCCAAGCUAAACUCAGAGCAGAGACACUCGAGCAAGGGUAUCGAUCGCACAUAAAUCUGCGGCUUUUUUUUUUUUUUAAAGAAAAGUCUUCAGUUUUUAAGUUCUCGCCAGCUUCCAUUGACAUUCCAGUUUAAUGGACUGACCGUUUCAUUCCACUAGCUGCUGGAAAAACCUUUUUYCUYGAAAGUCCUGAUGCUGCUCAAUGCUGUUCAUCUGCAGUAAAUUCAUUGAACAACAUCAUAGCUCACAGUUUUAAACCCCAGUAUUUAGACCAAACUCCUAAGCAUACAGACCUUUACUGAUUCAUCUAAGUUACUUAGUGGAGCUCAUGAUGGAAAUUGAUAGUAUCUUGUAGAAGAUGUACAAACUGAAGAAGCUUGUGCCAAAUUCAAACUGAUUUUCUUUCAGCUUGUUAMACAARGAACUCUGAAGCUGCCAUCACUGUUUACAGACACAUAGCCUGGAAUAAAAUUAUUUUCUUUCCAUGUCAGAUUAUUAUUAUUAUUUUUUAUUUAUUUACAACGGACAACAGAAGUGCCAAACUCCCAGAAGAAUAGAUCCAACAUCGGUUCGAGCGAUCUGAAGUUUACAUACAGCGCUAAAUGUUUACAAUCCACCGUUUCCAUAGCAAUUUGUUACGUGCCAAGUCGAGCGUUCCCGUUGGUCAUUUUGUUAAGAGUUUACAGUUUUCCUCCAACUCUUUUCUUUUGUUUACAGUAAACGUGUAAAUACUGCCAUUUUGAAAAGUUUUGAGUUUUGGCCAAGGGGGAAAAAAAUGCCACUCUGUCAGCUGACAGACCUCUACUAAUUAUUCAGAACCCAGUGCCACUCAACACAGUCAUAUUGUGAAGUUAAUGUUGGCUGGUUUAUUAAACUGUUUUACAGGCAGUUUGAACAGGGCCUAAACUCUCUGAAAACCUCAAUGUUUACACAAGCUGCUCUUGGGAAGGAUUUCUAUCCAGAGAAAUGUUUACAUUCAGAUGAACGAGUGAAAUGCCAAACACAUUCAUAAAACAGCUGCUGAACCGCAUCUGAACUAAAAACUGAAGUUAAAACAUUUUCAUCACAAAGGUUUUUAUAUUUCAGCCAGACGCCAUCUUGGAGUUGAACUCUGAUAGUUUCCUUUUCUAAAUCACGGCUGAAGAACUUUACCCCAGAACAAUGAAGUCCACGCUUCCAAAGAGGAUGAUUUCCCUUUUUGUCAUCCUGUUGCUUUUCUCCUGCCUCYCCGUUUCCUCCCUGACCGUCACCGUGGAGCGGCGAGAUGCCGACGGCGACGCCAGGAYGCCUGACGGCAGCAGUGGCACCUCUGCUGGAAAAACGGGCAGCACCUUGUUCCUCCUGACCGGCUACAAGUCAAACCCCCGCGGCGGAUCCAAAGUGCCACCGAAAGCGGCUGAGAUGAAGGACGAUGACGAUCCGGCGGCGAUGGCUGAGCUCCCCCCRAAGCCCCUCCCACAGAGGAUGUUUCCACGGAAYGCCACGGAAAACCCACUGAAGCCCCCGCUCAGCGGGGCCCAGGUGGCCCCGCCGUUGGUGGAUAAUGGAGAAGUUUGCAGGGGUUACUAUGACGUCAUGGGGCACUUCGACAACACGUUCAACUGCUCCAAGGGCACGUAUCGCUACUGCUGUGGUACCUGCCAAUACCGGUUCUGCUGCGAGCACCGGAGGAACCGACUGGACCAGGAGUCCUGCAAAAACUACAUUUCCCCCGUGUGGGCUGACCCGCAGGCCCCCGUCAGCGUGCCUGCUGCCAACAAGCCCGACCCCGACUUCGAGACGCUGCAGCAGCAGAGCAGCAGUACGGGUUACGUGAUYGGAGGGGUGAUAUCCUUCACGCUGGUGGUGGCUGUGGGCGUCAGGGUCGCCUUCAGCAAGGUGGCGCGUCGACCCCGCAACAGAGAUGUCAACAUGCCCAGAUCCCUGGUGGACAUUUUGCGUCACCAAUCGAGCCCCGUGCWGCAGGGAGACAGGAACAACGCCGCCGUGCUGACCGCCACCACAUCCGACGGCCGCACGUCCAAAAACCUGUACACCCCCGUCCUGCAGUUGAAAGACAACCGCACUGGGAACUUGCACCACCCUUUUAACCAGCAGGGGUCUGCCUCCAGCCCCAAACACUCUGCUACCAUCGAGCGCGGGCCUCGUUUGAACAACACCUCCCAGCUGUCGUCCGGGCCCAGCCUGAUUUCAGGAAGCGGUAAAGGUUCGGGAGGGGUCGGCAUCCUCACCGGGAGCAUGAGACACAACAGCAGCCACCCGUCUUUCUCCCACUCCUUCCACAACCUGGCGCAGCUGCCCCCGUCCUACGAGGCGGUGAUGAAACCAGAACUCAGCCGCUACAGCUCCCUGAAAAAACUGGAGAAAGAACUUGAUGAAUACUCGGGUUAUUACACCUCCAAACGUCGCUCCAACAACGCUCCGCCCUCCUUCCACUCCUCGCAGCACCACCUGCCCUGGGGGGGCGACUACACACUGGGCUCCAGGGGCACCCUGCCCCUCCAUGGAUCCCGUCCACACCUCCACAUCCCCACCUCCACCCCGAACCCGUACCCGCUUCCCUCCCAGACGCCCUACACCAGCUCCACCUUCGACAGGCCGCCUCGCCGCGUCCGCUCCCAGGACCAGCUGCUGGCGUUCGGGGAGGGAAACACCCUGUCCCGCCUGAACAAGAACCAGCAGCACCAGUACUACAAAGCCAUGAUGAGUACCAGUAGGAGCUCCACGUCMCAGACRCUCCGCAGGUCUCAUGAGCGUCUCCUCGUCUCUCCGGACCGUCUGGAGGAUCGCCUGAUGACGAUGGGUCUGCCGAUGGGAACGAUGGAGAGAGGGGGGGGGAGCGGGAUGGUCCCCACCAUGGGCCGACUGAGCCACCACCAAAAGGCCCAGUCACAGCAGAACAUCUGUGCCACGCCGUCCAUGGACCGCCACCACAUGAUCAAGAUGAACUCCCACCCGACAUCAGGCCACGACCACGAGCGCGGCUCCACAGCUGUGCCCGUGAUGGGGAUGCACGGUGGCUGGGACUCCCACGGGGGCCACAGCGGAGGAGGAGCGGGGAUAAUCGGGGGCCAGCCCAGCGCGCGGCGCAUGGCUUUCGCCAACAAAAGGCAGAACACCAUCGAACAGCUGCACUUCAUCCCCGGAGGCGGAGGAGGGCAGGGACUGCGGACUGGGAGUAAGAACGAGGUGACGGUGUGAGAGGAGGAGAAGGAGAGGAGAAGGACAGGUGAAGGAUGAGGAGAGGGAACCAAUCAGCRGAAGAAUAAAGAAGGAAGGUGAAGAAGAAACAGAAAUGAGUUUCACCCCAGCUGGCUGCUCAACCUUUAAAAAAAAUUCUCCCCAAAAAAACAAUGGUUGAUGACACCAUUCAUGUUAGUAAAGCCAACCGAUAUUCCUCUUGUCACUUUAUGUUUCGAAAAAGAGAAUAUUCAGCCAUUCUUUGCAAAAAGAGGAAAAAAAAAAUCCUCAUAAAAAGARCAAAAAAAAAAAAAAAGCAGCUCAGAGGCUGCUGGGUAUUCGCUGUGACUUUUAUUGAAGGAUAUCCGCCGAGUUGUUGAGUCGUCCUUGAGUUUUAUUGCACUGUCCUCUGAGUCYUCGAGUGCUCUGACAGAAAUUCAUCUGUCGUUGAAUCCACUGUGGAUGGUGAAGAGCACCGAGCCUGGAGAGAGACAGGUUUGCUUGUUGUUGUAUUUAUAACAAUAUUUAGAACCAAACAAGUUACUUUUGUAUGAAAAUAACUCGAUAUUGAUUACAUUAACAUGACUGAGCCCUGUAGGAUUUUGUGUAUACUUAGUUGAACACGUAUUUAUCCUCAAAACCAGCCGGUUUGUAACUUAAAGGCUGGAUUAGACGAUCAUCGCUUUCUGUAGUUGUGAUUGGACUAUUAAUGUAAAACUGCUGAAUCACUCGAGCCAAGUGCAGUUAACUGUCAUCUGAUGACUCUACAGCUUCAAUAAUUCAAGAUUAGAAAUUUAGGAAUAAAAACAACACCGUCGACUCAUGCUGCUGCCACAAAGGCCCAGUCACACCAGCACUUCACAACAAAACUAUCAAGUCUAAAACAAAAAGACCAGUUGGCUGAAAAAUGUUAAUACRUUUUUCUUCCAUGUUUAUUUUAUGUUAGUUCAAUUUUCUUCUUGUUUCCAGUAAAUCUCAGUCACAUGAUUAAGAUGCACAGACAGUGCUUUGACCGGCAAGUGCCACUUCCCAGUUCUUGUUUCGUUCUGACCCGACACUUUUCAUGUUCGAUUUCAGGACUUUAACACGUCAGAUAAUUUUAUGUAAACUUUUUUCAUUUUAUUUAACAAUUACAUGUAACAAACAGUGAUCAUAAAUAGAAAACAUGUUACAGACAGUAGUUUCUAAUCCAACUGAGAAGUACAAGAUGAUUCUCAAUUACUUAUCAAAUCCUUCCCUAAAUUUGAUCUAAUGUUUGCAUGUUUGUUGCAACAUGCAAACAUUAAAAACUAUGAGUUUUUAAUUUUCCUGUAUUUAAUUGAACAGUAUAAAAACAUGUAUUUUUCAGUAUUUUUAACUUUGACCACUGCUGAAUUGACUGGUGACAAAGUCAAGCAAGACAGGCUUUUAUAAUCAGAGAAUAUAUUUGUCUCUAAUCUGUACCCCUGCUUUGAACUCAUGCAUUUACACAAUAUUUAGAACCAUAGUUCAAAAUUUACACACAAUUUUGAACCUUGCUUACACACAACUGCUAUUUGCAUGUUGAUAAUUUAUAUAGCCCAAMUUGUACUAAAAGACUUGUGUAUAAUUAUUUUUUUUGCACAUUUUCAGAUUAUCUACAAUUAAUUAKAAGAUAUUUCUAUUGAUUUUGAUUUUGAUCACCAUUUAAGCCAUUUGACUAUGACAUAUUUUUUAAUUGUGAUCCCUGAUUAAAUAAGAAUUACUGUAAGAAAUCUCUGCUUGCUAUUCAGAAUAUCAUAGAACAACCUUUUUUGUCUUUUAGACUAUAAGUAAAUUAUAGCAAAUUACUUUAAAUCACCACUGGUCAAAGCAGGUAUGCAUCAACCCCUAAAAGAAGUAUAAAAUCACACCACACACACACACACACACACAGAAAACAUUUGUUGGACAUGUUUUCUUCUAAUCGUGAAAAGUCGGGUGUAAAGUGAGCUGUAAAAGUUACAUAAGCGUAAAAUGACCAGAAUUCGGCUCAUAUUCUUUUUGUAUCAUGUUUUUAAAAAUGUAAACAAUACUGGCCCCUAUUGGUCCAGUGUGGGAUUUCUUUUUUUUUUUUUUUUGAUUGGGUAAAUGUCUUAUUUGGACUGAGAAUUAAAAUACAAAAAUAAUAAAAAAAGCUUUUUAAAAAUCUGUUUUUUCCCCCCCAACAUAUCAAGUGAAAUACUUGUAGCAGCAUAGUUGGAGCCUGAAAUUAUUACAGGUACCUAAACAAAUUCAGUGAUGCCUGUGUGACUGGGCCCUAAAAUUACCAUUCAGUAUGUAACCAUGUUUUAAGCUAACUUAAAGCCUUGUACAGUGGAUUCUAGUGAGUGUACGACAUUUAUGAAACGUAAUAGUGAGAAUGUUUUGAAUUAGACUUCUCAUUAAAAGGAACCGAUCUGUGAAUAAACAUCCCCCGGCCAUGUUUCAAACUUUUCACAAGUAACUUGUAAAGUCGAGGGCUUCUUUUUGCAGCGCACUGGCAUAGAACAGAUCCUCCCGUUCGUCCGAGACGCCACACGCUUCCUGCAAGUUCAGCUGCUCACCUCGCACCAAGGGAAGGAAGGCAGACGGGUUCGAGGCGGGGGAACAAUGGACACUUCACACUAAGGGCUAAACUGAAUUUAUCUUUGUGUGUCUGUGCUCUAAACAGCGUCUGCUUCUCAUUUUCAUCUCUUGCAUCUGUCGGGAGGCAUGCUCGUGCUUAUUUUCACAGAUUUCUUCACGUGUAGAGAGAAAAGAAACAUGCAGGGGAUUUCUGCAAAAGAGUCUUUGUGUAAAAAUUUUAUUUUGUUGAAUAUUGCUAUGGGGGAGGAAGCUUUCCAUAAAGAUGUCAUAUUUUUGGAUUUUUGUUUGUUUCUCUGCCGAUAAGAUGGACCUUCUGGCCAUACUGGCUGGGUUUCUUUUUCAUAGUGAAGUUAUACUUUGACAAAGACUGAUACCACUGAUUGAGUGAUGCUUCCUGCCAGCCAUUUGUAGUUUUCUAUGUUAUGUACUCAUGUGUUAACGGUUUGAUUUAAAAAAAAGAAAAAGAAAAACCCGACCUCCCUAAAUGAGCACUCUUAUCAUGAUCUCUUCUUUUAAACAUGUAUUUAUUAUUUUAAUCUCUGUGAAUUUUAAUGUAUAUGCCUGAAAUUUCAAUCUUACAACUUUCUAGUGGAGUUGAAAAAAAUAAAAACAAAAGCAAAACCGUUGUAAUCACAGGAACAAAAAAGAGCCGAUGCAACCAUGGAGAAAAGACGGACCGCAUGAUGAUGUCAGGAGCCAGUGUUAGAGAUGUCACACUGCUGACUUAUGAUGUCAUGGUGUGUAUGUAUCUAAUUGUCUGUUUCAAAUUUACGUACCCGUGUGUUAGAAUCCCGGUCAUCUUUGUUAUAGGAAUGCUGACACUCGUUUUGACUAAAAUCGAUCACGAAGAUGAUGCUUYGAUCCAAAAUACAAUUGUUGUUCAUAUCAGCCUGUUUGUGCUUUUUUGGUCUUCCAUUGUUGUCCCUUUUAAUGUCACUUUUUUUUUUUU